CCGGCGGCGUCGGUCUUAUAAAGCACACAUUAUGUCCAUCACAUCACUCAUCUUCAUUUAUUAUCUAUAUGCCUGUUGAGUAGAAGAUUUUAACUGUUAAUAGCGUUAUAUUGUAGUUUUAAUAUUGUCCAACCACGUGUAUAGGCAGCGUAGAGAUGUGUGUGGUAUGGUGAGUGUUGGUGUGAGAGGCAGUGUUGUGGAGGAGAGUGGAGGGAGCACACGCCGCCGAGGACGCCUCCACCACACACACACACACCACACACCUGCACCUCAACACUGGCCUAGCACCUGAGCACUCACCACACAAGGUGCCCCCAGAGUGACAGUUAACCAGAAGCGUGUGAGAGCCGUGCGGGGAGGCGUGUGUGGAGGAAGAUGACCUCGGGUCGUGCCAGGGUUCAGGUGCUCAACCUGCCUGACGAAGAGAGUGAUGAGCUCAGGAUAACACCAUUAGGUUCUGGACAAGAAGUUGGACGAUCAUGUCAUUUUUUAGAAUUCAAAGGAAAAAAAGUCUUGCUGGACUUUGGCAUCCAUCCUGCGCUGACCGGAAUGAGCGCUUUGCCAUUUGUCGACCACAUUGAUCCCGAAAGAGUUGACCUGAUGCUGGUCUCUCAUUUCCAUCUGGAUCAUGCGGGGGGCUUGCCGUGGUUUUUGAUGCGCACACGUUUCAAAGGACGUUGCUUCAUGACUCAUCCAACAAAAGCCAUUUACAAGUGGUUACUUUCAGAUUAUAUUAAAGUCAGCAACAUUGCCACAGAGCACAUGUUGUAUUCAGAGAGUGAUCUUGAAGCUUCUCUAAACAAGAUUAAUGUGAUCAACUUUCAUGAAGAAAAGGAAGUUCACGGCAUCAAGUUCUGGUGCUACCAUGCUGGACACGUCCUCGGCGCUGCAAUGUUCAUGAUCCAGAUUGCUGGUGUGAAGAUACUGUACACUGGAGAUUUUUCAAGGCAAGAGGAUCGUCACUUAAUGAUGGCAGAAAUACCACAGAUUCGACCAGAUGUUUUGAUGAUCGAGUCAACGUAUGGAGUGAGCAUUCAUGAGCCUCGAGAAAGCAGAGAAUCCCGUUUCACCACAACUGUCCAUACUAUUGUUAGUCGUGGUGGUCGCUGCUUAAUACCCGUCUUUGCUCUUGGACGAGCACAGGAACUUCUCCUCAUUUUAGACGAGUACUGGCAACAGCACCCUGAGCUGCACGAGGUUCCCAUCUACUAUGCCUCGGCACUGGCCAAGAAGUGCAUGAGCGUUUACCAGACGUAUACACAUGCUAUGAAUGAAAGAAUUCAGCGACAAAUUUCGAUUAGUAACCCCUUUCAGUUUAAGCAUAUUUCAAACCUAAAGGGCAUGGACCAGUUUGAGGACAUAGGCCCGUGUGUUAUUAUGGCUUCUCCGGGUAUGAUGCAGAGUGGACUCUCUCGGGAACUGUUUGAAAUGUGGUGUCCCGACCCUAAGAAUGGAGUGAUAAUUGCUGGUUAUUGCGUGGAGGGUACUUUGGCCAAAGAGAUUUUAAAGGAGCCUGAAGAGGUGACGACUAUGUCUGGCCAGAGACUUCCAAUGAAGUGUUCAGUGGAAUACAUCUCCUUCUCUGCUCACACAGAUUUUGAACAGACCUCACACUUCAUACGGACUAUUCGACCUCCGAAUGUGGUUUUGGUGCACGGAGAAAUGACAGAAAUGUCUCGGCUGAAAGCUGCCUUGGAGCGAGAAUAUGAAGGUAGUACAGAAAGUCCUGUUAAGGUGUUCAAUCCAAAGAAUCUGGAUGCUGUCACUUUCCACUUUAGGGGAGAGAAGAUGGCCAAGGUGAUGGGCGAGCUGGCUGUUUACAAGCCCAAGGAGAAUGGAAUCGUCUCUGGUGUUUUGGUCAAACGUAACUUCAACUGUCAUAUCAUUUCUCCAAAAGAAUUAGGCAAAUACAGUGAGCUGUCAGUGUCUACUAUCAGCCAAAGAACCAGCAUCCAUUACACUGGGUCUUGGCAGCUGCUCCAUUACCUCUUGGCCUCCAUGUAUGGCAGCGUCGAGGUCAUCCUCUCUGAUAGUUCAGAAAGUAGGACACUCCGAGUAUUUGAUACAAUUACUUUAGUGGAAGAGCCACCAGUUGUGGUGUUAGAGGUAAGUUAUGCUUUAUAUUGUACUUUAUUUUAUUCUUUUAGGUUUAUUCAAUUUCACUUUACUUUUAUACAGGAGUGUUUGAUAGAGCUGUUCCAAGAGAUGUUUGGGGAAGACUCUGUACCCAAGUUGUUCAAGGGUGAGAAGCUGUAUGUGACUGUCAACAAUAUGAAAGCCAACAUUGAUCUCGCCUCUUUGGAGGUGAUAUGUGAAAAUGAGAAACUUCAAAGGAUUGUUCAGACGGCAGUAACCAAGCUGUACGAGUCCCUGGCACCAGUGACUGUGGGUGUAAAGUAGAGGGAAACGUGUGAAUAAAGGGCAACAAUUAUAUUUAUAAUGUAAUACACCUUGUCCUGUAGUUGGUAUUAGAUCUUUUUAGAUAUUAUAUGUUAAACAAUUAUCUUUUAUAUUCACUCUGUUAUAAAUUAAUAAUAUUUAUGCUACAUUUAUAUUAAAUUGUGUAGACGAGUUAUUAAUAAAAAUGGGUGAAUGUU